UAUACUCUUUUUUAUUUAUUUAUUUAUUUUUCCUCCUCUCCCUCUUCCUCCUCCUCGAGUUCUCCAGAACCAGAAGAAAAAAAAAAAAAAAAAAAGAACCAAAAUUAUCAGAUUAUUAGGUUCUGAUUUCGCAUUGAUUUUCCCGGCACCACUUUGGGAAAUCUCGGGGUUUAGCUUACUUGGUUCAUUUUGUUUUCUCGGGAAAAUUACUGUUUUCCGGGAAAAUUUUCUCCUGUGUUUGAGUUUAGUCUGCAUUUUUUGGCUGAAGAUCUGAGUCCUGGUGGGUUCCGUGUUGGACCCGGUUCAGUAAACCUUUCCAUGUUUCUAUCUUCUAGCGCAAGGCUUGAACUUUACAGGUGAAUGAGUUGUUGGGUUUAUUUCUUUCUCAAGAAGCCAUUAAAGCUAUGGCUUUUCAGCGGUUGGUGUGAUGCUUCUGGGGUCAGAGCCUGAGAAUUCUGAAACAAGGGUUUUGUUCUACAAGCCUUUCUCUCAAUUGGGUUGUUUCUAAUUUUGUGAAGUAGAUAAAAAACCUGAGAGAUCUCUCGUGGAAAAUUAGAGAGUAAAAAUGAUGAGGAUGAAGACCAAGAUUACAGGGGUGUCACUGGCCGAGUUGAAUGGAAGCUCAGGCGGCGGCGGAGCUGACUCGGGGCAGGGAGAGUGGGAGCUCAGACCGGGAGGAAUGCUGGUUCAGAAACGGAAUCCGGACUCUGAUCGGAACUCGGUGCCUCCACCGACAAUUCGGGUUCGGGUCAAAUAUGGGUCAAUUUACCAUGAAAUCAGCAUCAGCGCUCAAUCUUCUUUUGGGGAUUUGAAGAAAAUGUUGGUUGGACCGACUGGUUUGCACCAUCAAGAUCAGAAAUUGAUAUUCAAAGACAAGGAGAGGGACUCGAAGGCUUUCCUCGACAUGUCUGGGGUGAAGGACCGGUCGAAAAUGGUGUUAGUUGAGGACCCUAUUAGCCAAGAAAAGCGAUAUCUUGAGAUGCGACGCAAUGCCAAGAUGGAAAGGGCUUCGAAGUCCAUCUCCGAAAUCAGCUUGGAAGUAGACAGGCUUGCUGGCCAGGUGUCGGCUCUUGAAUCAAUUGUCAGUAAAGGUAAAAAAGUUGCAGAGCAAGAUGUGCUUGUUCUGAUUGAGCAAUUGAUGAACCAGUUGCUUAAAUUAGACGGGAUCAUGGGAGACGGAGAUGUGAAACUACAGAGGAAAAUGCAGGUAAAACGCGUGCAGAAGUAUGUCGAAACUCUAGAUGUAUUGAAAGUUAAAAACUCCUUGCCUAGCAGCAACGGAAGUCAGAUUCCAAAGCAAGUUCAGCAGAGGCAUUCAAAUGGUCAUUCCAAUGGGAAUGGACAUAGACUAGCACCAAUUCAAGAGCAUCAACCAAGGAAUUCAGUUGGCUAUUCACCCACGCAUAAUCAGCAAGUGCAACAGCAAGAACAGCCAUCAAGGCAGUCGGCAUCAGGGCCGGUAGUUGUGACCACACAGUGGGAGACAUUCGAUUCUGCCCCUGCAUUGAUCCCAACCUCUUCGACAUCCAAAGCCGCCAAUCAAUCUCCCUACCGUAAGUUUAACUGGGAAUCGUUCGAGUAAGCCGCCAUAUACCAUAUAUUGUUUGUGUGUGUGGAUGUGUUUUGAUAUGGUCGUCUCCGAUGGGUUUGCUAUAUCUUGUACAUUCUUUUCUGUACUUAGAAAAUGUUUUCAACCCCUUUUAAUCUGCCAUUCAGGUCAUCAGAAAUAAAUGGGGUUUACUACAAUAAGGAUUUAUUAUCAGUAUGUUCUUUCUCGAAUUCUGUUGUCCUCGAAUUCGUUUUCCAUUUUCUGUGGUUCUGGUUUUCUUAUACUCUAUAAACUUGGAUCUCUGUAUAUUUGUUACUAGAGGAAUUAAGUGUCCAAACUUUCAGAUGUA